GUGGAAAAAAAAGUAAGAGACAAAUAACUCUAGGGAUUUCUAGAGGUUCCCGUGUAGACGCAGUUGGUUUCGGCAGCGGUAGCGAAGGUGUUGGUGAUCGUUCUAUCGGUCGACCGGUCGACGGAUCUGACGAUGGCGUCGUCGUGGAUGCAGUGGCUCACCAACCCCCGCCGCAACUGGUUCGCGGCCCAGCACUACAAGGCUCUCUCCAAUCGCCUCAAGAAAUACGGGCUGCGCUAUGACGAUCUGUACGACCCGAUGUACGACCUGGACAUCAAGGAGGCCCUGGCGCGGCUCCCGCGCGAGGUGGUGGACGCCAGGAACCAGCGCCUCAAGCGCGCCAUCGAUCUAUCCAUGAAGCACGAGUACCUUCCCGAGGACUUGCAGGCAUUGCAGACACCUUUCAGAAGCUAUCUUAAAGAUAUGCUGGCUCUUCUUGGUGCAACCCGACUGAUGGUCUAAGGCUUUCUAAUGCAGUCCUUGUUCCCUUGCAUUGCCAUCGUGUGAAGAAAGAGAAUGCAGAGCGUGAGGCACUGGGAGCUUUGCCUGUUUAUCAGCGCACAAUUCCAUGAUAUAUCAAGCAAGAUCAUAUUUCGUCAAUGAAUUGUGACGAAAUACAAGAGCAGUGCCUGAAGUUAUUAGUGUUAUCUGUGACCUACCUUUCCUUCUACAAAGUCUUGUUGCGUUGGCUUGGGUCAAUCACAACUAGAUUUUUGUUUCACUUGUUGCUGGUGCCUUUCAAUCAUAUGUUUGUUAUGAGAUCGUCGAAUAAAUUAGAUGGUGUGAUGUCAUUAACUUAAAUUAAUUGAUGGUCUGAUUACUGUUAA